AUGAUCAAUAAUCUCACACCAGCAUACAAAGUCAAAAUUUGGGCCCCAGAGGGCGGCGAGUGUGAGGGCGGCGAGUGUGAGGGCGGCGAGUGUGAGGGCGGCGAGUGUGAGGGCGGCGUGUGUGAGGGCGGCGAGUGUGAGGGCGGCGAGUGUGAGGGCGGCGAGUGUGAGGGCGGCGAGUGUGAGGGCGGCGAGUGUGAGGGCGGCGAGUGUGAGGGCGGCGUGUGUGAGGGCGGCGAGUGUGAGGGCGGCGUGUGUGAGGGCGGCGAGUGUGAGGGCGGCGAGUGUGAGGGCGGCGAGUGUGAGGGCGGCGUGUGUGAGGGCGGCGAGUGUGAGGGCGGCGUGUGUGAGGGCGGCGAGUGUGAGGGCGGCGUGUGUGAGGGCGGCGAGUGUGAGGGCGGCGAGUUUGAGGCGGCGAAUGGCGGCGUGUGUGAGGGCGGCGAGUGUGAGGGCGGCAAGUGUGAGGGCGGCGAGUGUGAGGGCGGCGUGUGUGAGGGCGGCGAGUGUGAGGGCGGCGAGUGUGAGGGCCGCGAGUGUGAGGGCGGCGAGUGUGAGGGCGGCGAGUGUGAGGGCGGCGAGUGUGAGGGCGGCGUGUGUGAGGGCGGCGAGUGUGAGGGCGGCGAGUGUGAGGGGCCCUCACAGUAA